CGCGAGAGUUGGUGAUGAUGACGGGCUGUGUAGGCGUUUCCCAGAGGAGGCGGUGGGCGGGGCCUUCGCCGGGUAACGGCAGUCGGUGGUUCGCUGGUUGCGUGCCGGGGGCGGUGUGUGUGGUGCCGGUUCCCGGGGAUUCCCGGUGAGGAGGACCAGCAGUGACCAUGGCCGGGCAGCAGUUCCAGUACGACGAUAGCGGCAACACGUUUUUCUACUUCCUGACCUCCUUCGUGGGUCUGAUCGUCAUCCCGGCCACAUAUUACCUAUGGCCCCGAGACCAGAACUCGGGUAAGCGAGGAGCGGGCUGGGCUGGGAGACUGCGAGCACUCAGAGCACCUCAUACUGAGCUGGAGCCCUAUAGCAACACACAGCACCAGUACAUAUGGCACAUACCUGUAUAGAGAGAGAGAGGGGGGGGCAGGCUAUAAUAUCAGGAGGUUAUAAUAUCAGAGGGGGGGGGCGGUGUCAUGCAAUAUCGAGGGGCGGGCUAUAGGCAGGUUAUGAGAAGAGGGGGGCAGGUUAUAAUAUCAGAGAGAGGGGGGCAGGCUAUACCAUCAGAGAGAGGGGGGGGGCAGGUUAUGCAAUAUCAGAGAGAGUGGGGGGGCAGGUUAUAACAUCAGAGAGAGGGGGGGGCAGGCUGGCAGUCACCAGAGAGAGGGGGGGGCAGGUUAUAAUAUCAGAGAGAGGGGGGGGCAGGUUAUAAAUACCAGAGAGAGGGGCAGGCUAUACAUCAGAGAGAGGGGGGGCAGGCUAUAAUACCAGAGAGAGGGGGGGCAGGCUAUAACACUCAGAGAGAGGGGGCAGGUUAUAAUAUCAGAGAGAGGGGGGGCAGGUUAUACCAUCAGAGAGGGGGGGCAGGUUAUAAUAUCAGAGAGAGGGGGGGGCAGGUUAUGCACACGAGGAGGGUGCUGCAAUACUGAGAGAGGGGGGGCAGGUUAUAACAUCAAAGAGAGAGGGGGGGGGCAGGUUAUAAAUAUCAGAGAGAGGGGGCGGCUAUACCAUCAGAGAGAGAGGGGGGCAGUUAUAAUAUCAGAGAGAGGGGGGUGCUAUAAUAUCAGAGAGAGAGGGGGGCAGGUUAAUACAUCAGAGAGGGGGGGGCAGGUUAUAUACACAUCAGAGAGGGGGGGGCAGGUUAUACAUCAGAGAGAGGGGGGCAAGGUUAUAAAUAUCAGAGGGGGGGCAGGCUUAUAGCCAUCAGAGAGAGGGGCAGGUUAUAACAAUAUCAGAGAGGGGCAGGUUAUAAUAUCAGAGAGAGGGGCAGGUUGGUAAUAUCAGAGAGAGGGGGGGGCAGGUUAUAAUAUCAGAGAGAGGGGGGGCAGGUUAUAAUAUCAGAGAGAGGGGGGGGCAGGUUAUAAUAUCAGAGAGAGGGGGGGCAGGUUAUAAUAUCAGAGAGAGGGGGGGGCAGGUUAUAAUAUCGGGGGCAGGUUAUAAUAUCAGAGGGGGGCGGGGUUGUAAUAAUAUAUCGUGCCCCCCCAUGAUAUUAUAACCCACAUUAUAUUAUAAUCUGCCCUCCAUGAUCUAUCGUGCCCCCCAUGAUGUUAUGUGGGUUAUAAUAUCAUGGGGGCACGUUAUAAUAUUAUGUGGGUUAUAAUGUCAUAAGGUAGUAGGUUAUAAUAUCAUGGAGGGUAGGUUAUAAUAUGGUGUGGGUUAUAAUAUUAGGGGGGCAGUUUAUAAUAUGGUGUGUUAUAAUAUCAUAGGAGUAGGUUAUAAUAUAAUGGGUGUACAUAAUGGGAUAUAUCAGAAUAUAAUGGAGGUGGAAUAACAUAAUGGGAUGUGUAAUAAUAUAAUGAAGGUAUAUAAUCCUUUUAAUAGUGGAAUAUACAUAAUAUGGAUUUGGAAAUCUAUCACAGCUGUGCAGGGUUUGGAGUUGUGUUGCUUUUUUAUGUUCAUUUUAAAACUGAUAAAGCUUACAGAAUACUCACCUUUCACACAAAUGCUAUUGUUCACUACAUUUCCUAGAAGAAUGAAUGUUUCAGCAUCCUGGGAAAUGUAGUCUACAACAGCAAGUGCAAAGGUUAAGCACCCUCUGCAUUGAGAUCUCAGUAUAGACAUGCAAGGCACUGGGGCUAACUAUCUGCCCCCACAUUGCAUGACAUCAUUUUAGCUUCUGCCAUUAAGUUGCAAAGCGCUUCCCUGGAUUCUGCACCACCCACAUAUCAUUGAUAAAAGGAAUGCAUACUGUAAUAAGAAUGUAAAAACCAACAAUAUAUGCUCAAUAUUUAUCUACUAUUAACAACCAGGCAUUAGGUAACAGGAUCUUGCAUUUUUAGGGAUGAAUUAUUUGUUUUGCUCCUUUAAGAAAAUGUACUAUGACUAGACAACACCUAGGAGUCUGUAAUACUUUGUUGUAUUCUUACCUGCAAAAGUAUGAUUAACAAACUUUGACACUUGUUUGUCCAGUUACAGUAUUGUGAAUUUGAACAAUUUUGUUUUGUGGCUUUGUCAUUGUAAGAGUUUCAUCAUUCUUCAUUUUGUGUCUGCUAACCUGCAAUUAAUAUUAAGAUAGAAAUUAUGUAGUUUUACUCAAAUAAUAGUAAUUUAAAAGAAAAAUCUAUCAUGUUGCUGAGACCUAAAUAUUGACAUUUUCCCUAUUGUAAAAAUACAUUUCCACAUUUUGACCAAGAUAAGUCUUGUAUGUGCUGCUUCCUUAUUGAAAACUGGGAAAUAUGCUAGCAAGUAAUUUAAAAUCAUCAAUGAGAAUUAUAGUAUUUUCAAAGGCUUGUUUUAAAUAAAACUUUCUACACUUAUUUAUAAGGAAUACGUUUUUGGGGAAAUCAUUUUUGAAUAGCUAUGCAAAUCAAUGUGCCAAAUGCUUAUGGAGAUUGUAAUAUUCAUGUGUAAAAUAAGUAAACAUAUAGUUGUCCAUGUGACAAUCCUUGUUCAGCAAUAUCUAAUCUAAUAUUUUUAACCCCUUUUUAAUAUUUUUUUUUACCAAUUGGCGCUAGGUUGAAGAUGACAGACUUCCUUUUAAGUGCAUGAUGGGUGAAUAAUAUAUUGAUAACUUAUAAAAAACAAUAAGAUAGAAAGGAUACUCACCUGAACAUUAUUUGUGACUCAUAGAUUCUCCAGGAAACUGGAAGUGACUGAACUUUCUUUGCCACUCCUAGCUCUAAAAGGGGACUCUGUAUUAUUUCAGAAAAGCCAAGGAUGUGUAGAUCAGCAAUCCAUUCUUGCAGCGUUGCAUCUGAUAGUUUCCACACACUUUAUUUUUUUUUUCUAAUGUUAUUAUUGCUUUAUGCUUCAGUCUAACUAUGUGUGGCUUUAACUACAUCAUAUACUAAGGCAACUUUCAGUCACUCAAAUGAGAUCUGUCCCAUGCAAAAUAAAGGCGUUGUGUAAGAUAAUGCCUAUAUAUGCAACAGGAACACACCACAGACCGGAGGACUGCUAUAUCUCAAUCGUUUCUUGAUUCCUUUGCAGUCUGCAGAUUUGAAGCCUUUGAGAAAUUCAGAAGCAAAUGCGAUGUUUUUAUUGCAGUGUUAACCAGCCUCAGUAAAACUCCACUAUUUCAAUCAGGUGUUCUUAUAGAGAACGCCUGAUUGGCACAGAGCAGUGUUUUGCAGUGCUUGUACAUUAGCCCCCAAUGCAUUCAUUGCAGACUUGAUGAUGUUAGCUCGGAUUCCGGUGCUGCAAUGAAGAAAGGGUAAGUCAGAACACCUUCCUCCUUCACAGGUGGGGUAGCCAGCAACCUAACUAGUUUUCAUCUAAAAAAAAAUAUUGAGAUAUUCAUAUUUUCCUAUAAUCCUUACAUUUCUCACAGUCUUGGCUAGAAGGAACAAUGUGCUUACCUGACAGGACGUAUCUGCAUGAUGCAUCAACAUAUGAACUUUAAGUACCCCUCAAAGAAUGCACUAAUGAGGCAGUGUUAGUGAGCAAUGAAUGAGAAAUGCAUGCUAUAUGCAGGGCUUAAUAUUUGCAGUCUUUAUACUAGUAACCAGGCCUUAAACCUUCUCCCCAUUGCAUGGGAUUGGUAUACUCACUGGGGAUGAAUUUCUACAUGCAAGGGCUAGAUUUACACUGGAUAAUGGCAAGUGAUCAAUGGAAAUUUUGGGUCUUGCUACAUGUAUAUUCAGAUGAGCUGAAGAUUUUAAUUUUUUUUUUUAUUCUUGAUGCCAUACUAAAAUCUUUGUUCUUUAUAGACCUAUUUUGAUGUCACAUUAUUAAGACUUCCCUUAAAAAAAAAAAUAAAGAACACCAUAACCACUACAACCCAUUGUAAUGGUCACGGUGCUACUAGACAAAGGACAUCAUCUUCCAGUCUGUGUCAAACCAUGUUUGAAUGGUGGCCUGGAUCUUCAGCUGACACUCACAGCCUAUUACUGGCAGGGGACGAUUCUCAUAAUCUCUUGGCACAAUAUCCACUGCAACAGGCUGUAGUGGUUAUAGAACGUAGACUGACCCAUUGACAUUCUUCCAAAGUUUGUCAUAUGUACAGUCAUCUUGUAGUUAUAACAAUUCACCAUUAUAAAAUCUACAGUGCUUCGCUAAUAUUCCUAUACUGAUUUGUUGACCAUAUUAGUGGAAGAUGUCUCUACAAAUGUCUUUGAAUAUUUGUAAAAAAAUUUUUGUUAGGCAUAGUUAACUAUAUUUUCAGUUAAAAUUUAUAAGAGCAUGGGCGGCAGCCCAGGAGUAGUGGGAGUUUGAGCGCAGGACUUAUUUUUGUGUAUUUGCUUAUGUAUAACACAGCCGUGUUACGAUGCUGCCGCUUACCCCAUGUGUUCCCUACUAACGGUUUAUAAGUAUGAAGGAGUUAAGAAAAAUACCCCUCUCUUUCUCAUUAGAGAGAUUUUAUUUUUUAGCUGAAGGAAGCAAGGUGAAUUGUUAGUGUAGGACUCACCUAAGAGGUUUGCCUUGACGUGGCAGGUGAGCUUACACUAGUAGCAUAGGACUCUUAAGUUUUAAGCCCUUAUACAUCUAUUGGGUAAAAUUACCUUCUAUUUUUACUGUAAAAUAUAUAAUUCAUUUGCAUUCCAUAAUAAUCUUUGUUUUUGUUUUUGGCUUUCUGGGUGUAUAUUCAUUUGUAUUAAUGUGCUGGUAUAAGUCUUGAUUUCUGAUGAUCAUACCUUGACCAAAUGGUUCAUUAGAAUAAUUUUGUUCUCUCCAUCAUAGUUUUUGUUUUUCUACUGUCCAUGUACUCCAUUUUUUAUUUGCAUUUUAUCGAACCAAUUGUUACAUGAACACACAUUUAUUUAUCUUGCGAGAUCCCUGAUUUUAUGUUGUGUUUGCACAUUUGUUAUGCCUUUUUUUUAACCCAUUUUAAACCUUCACAAAAAAUAUAUAUAUAACGUUUCUAUCAGGGUGCUGUUUAGUGGUUUGCCCUGUAAAAAAAAACACCAGAGGUGCUGCACCAGCAGGGUCAGCAACCUGAUGUUUUAAAGGUGCUUAGAGUUAUCCUGGCGGAUCAUUGGAUUUGGGAAGUAAUUAGUUCUGAGAAGUUAACAAAAGUAGACAUAUCUCUGGUCUGUAGAAGUUUGGAAAAAUAAUUGUCAAGGCAUUAUAGAAAGACAUUUAAGAUUUGGUUUUGAGUUGUCCUUUAUUUGUGCAGAUGUUAGGGAGCUAGUAAACUGUCACAGUACUUGUCUGCAAGUGAUUUAAGAAAUUAAGAUUUAACAUUUUAAUUUCAUUUGUUACCGAAUACAUGUUCAUUGUACCUUUUUAUUGAAGUUUCCUCAUUUUAUUGUAUUUACUGUAUGGGAACCACCGUGAUUUUGGUGACCCUCCAGUUCAUUGAAAUAAGGAAUUAUAGAAAUAACUGAAUUCUCAUUGCAGUACUUAAUUCAAGAUUAUUACUUUUAAUAUAUUGGGAAACAGUUCAAAUACAAGAUCUGCUUGUUUGAGCUAGUUAUAAAUGUAUUUUACAAACUGCCCUGUAUGUGCUGUCAUAGCAUGACUGGAGGAAUAAAGGUCAUACCCCAAAUAAUGUAUACUCAUUAGAUUGAGCAUAAGAUUUUAUCUAUACAUUGUACUCACGGUGUGCUGGCAAAUGUAUAGAUUUCAAAAAAAUCUAAUUGUAUAGGUUUGAAAAAAGUAUUUUUUUUUUUUCAGCUGUCAGUCAAGCCUCUGUGUGCCGCGAUAUUGACUGACAAAGUGAGUUAAUCUUUAUAUUUCACAUUGAAUACACCAUGUAUCGUUAUGAUAUAUGGUGUAUUCAAUGUAUAUAGGGACAAUUCCAGGUAAGUUGAUUUUCUCUUAUCAGGUUCACCUUAAACAUUUUUGUUCUCUAGAAAUUUUGUGCUCUGUUACACUCCAGAUUUUCCAGAGUUUCAUCUAACGCUUGUUUAUAAUUAUAAUGUAUUGUUUUCUUCCUUUUUAAUUUUUAGAGCAAAUUCGGUUGAAAAACAUACGGCAUAUUUAUAGAAGUUGUUUGUGGUACCAGCUUAAGUCAAUCAAGCCACAGCAAAGUAUUGUCCCUAAAAUAAAGUAAGUAACCCUAUUUCAACUAUUUUUGUAUGUGUUCCUCUCCACCCCACCCCCAGUGUUAAAGCGGCACUGUCACUGUUUGCAGAAUUUGCUGGUGAUACAGGGGGGUGUAGGUAAAGGUGAGAUUUACUUACCUGAACCUGUCCCUUGCGUGCAUGUCCUCUUUAUCUCCUGGAAAGUACAGCAUUGAGGUCUUUUGAGAAGAAAACGCCAAUUGCACUGGUAACGGCUGUCUGAAUUGACACUGUAGCUUCUCCCAGUGUCUGAGAAAGUCAGACGGAGGAAAUAUACUGAGACAAGUUAGUCUUUUCUAUCGUUACAAAAUAGACGGGGGGGUGGGGGAGGAGGAGGAGUGCCACUUUAAUAUUGGAGCUAAUGGAGAAAGUUACUAUUGCAAGUUUACAGCAGUUGUCAGCAGCAGGAUUUUAAAAAUUGCUUGACUUACGUUUAAUGCUUAUUAUCCCCAUGUCUUAUGGAUGACCUUUUUAACCUAAACUGCAUAUGUCCAAUGAAAAUACUUAUUUCUUCUCUUAAUGUUUUUUUUUUUUUUUAAAUAGGAAAAUUGUUCUGCUAAUCGGAUGGGCAUUAUUUCUUUUUCUUGCCUACAAAGUUUCUAAAACUGACAGAGAAUACCAAGAAUACAACCCUUAUGAAGUUUUAAGCUUGGAUCCCGUAAGUUUUUUUUAUUUUUUAAAAUUCCCAUAUCCUUACAGUUAUAUCAUCUGUUUGCUAAAUUGUCAAAUGUUUAAAGAAAGAAGAAAAUGUUUUACCCCAUGCCUACUCUAAUCUAAUCUAUGGAUUUUCUGAGAUAAGGUGCGUUGUUUAUAAAUAGAUUCUAAUAUUUACAGUAAUUGGCAUGGAAACAAAUGAAAUGCUUCAGUGCAUUAUGUAGAUAUGUUUAUUAGAUUUUAUAGACAUAAAAAAAAAAAACACUUCAAUGCUUUUUUGCAUAAACUGCAUAUUCAAGGAUAUAAUUGAUAUGUAUGUGAACAUGUUGUUCCAAGGUGAAAUCUAAAUGCCAUUAUGGAGUCGAGGCGGAUCCAUAAUUGGAAAUGGCUACAAUAGUUUUUUUUUGUUUGCCUUCUUUUGGAUAAACAGCAUAAAAGAAUGGAUAACUCUGCUAAACCCAAUUCUUAUAUUAAUUUCUAUUUUAACGCAGACCUUAUAUGCCUGCAAAAGAUCCCAAAUGUUUGUGUGCAGUGCUUGCCUACUUGAUGAGUAGGUGUUUUAGUAUGCACAACAUAGCUGGAUAUUGAAAUCUACACUUGCCAUUAGCUAUUGGCGAGUGAAUAUGUAACCCUCAUGAGUAGGUAUUUACCCUUGGUACGUGUACUAUGCAUUCUCCAGGCAGGCAGUGACGAGUAACUUUUAAGGCCUGGCUAAUAACAUAGUACUUGUAAUUUUAAGCAUUAAAUAAGUUUGACAUUCCAUUUUGAUAAAGGCUAUAUAAAGGUUGCUUUCUUAUGUCAUUGGUAUUUAAUGGGAUUAAUUGUGUGGGUCUGCUUUUACAACUGCCUUGUAGCUUUUGGACUGUACUCCUGGUUUCUUUCUUUUUUUUUAUUCUCUCUAUUCUUGUUUUAUUAGUAAGGGAGAACUCUAAGCACCAUGACCAGUACAGUCCACUGUAGUUUUUAUGGUGCUGAAAGUCCCUUGGCACCAUCCAGUAGUCAACUGUUCAUGAAUAGUCCGCUGCCGAUUCUGCUUCUGCUCUGGGCUGAUACGCCAAAGCAGAAAUUUAUAUGUUCGCAUUAUUAUAGCAAGCCCGUACCAAGUUUAGACAUUUAUUGGAUGAGAGCAUCAGCUUCUAGCCCUCAACCAAUUAAUAAUGUCUAAACAUGGUAUGAGUCAGUAUGAUUCAUUAUAAUGUGGAAGUAGGAACUACUUUAAUAUACCAGCUCAGGCUGUAAGACACAUUUGCACCCGAUAGAGCCAGGCAAGAGUACAACUGCCAGCAGUUUGACAGUUAAUUAUCAUAAUGGUUUCAAUACCUAUACAGAGGUUAUGGUGCUACGGUUUGCUUUUCUUUUAUACAAUUAAUUAUUUAUUUACAUCAAUGUGAAAAUGAUUUUGAGGAGAUCUUCUUUUGACAAAGUAAUUUAUUCAAGAAGAAGAGGUGUUCCUGCUUUAAUGGUUUUUCUUUUUUUUUUUUUUUUUUGUUCUUUUUUUAACCAAGAAUGAUUAUUAAAGUUAACACUUUAUUUUUUUUCCUGCUCUUCCUCUUUUAAAAAGGCCGCAACUGUUUCGGAAAUUAAAAAACAAUAUCGUCUGCUGUCUUUGAAAUUUCACCCAGACAAAGGAGGAGAUGAAGUGAUGUUUAUGAGGAUAGCAAAGGCUUAUGCAGCGUAAGUUCUUUACAUUGCAUUCACUAAGUAAUCAUUUGGGGGGGGGGGGUGCUAUUGACCAAAUCGCUGUUGUAGAAGUAAUUGAAUAUCCACUAAUUUAGACUGUACAUCUCUGUAUAUUUUGUUUUUUAUAUAUAUAAUUUUUUUUUUUGGUGUGUGCAGAUCUGUGUUUAGCGAUUGUAUUGUCUACCCACUAUUUUAAUGUCAUAGGGAUUUUUAUUCACAGUUUUUCCCUACCAUAACUUUCCUGGUUUGUGCUCCGCAAUGAACGCCAAGCCUCGAUAGCAAGCCAGUAACCAACCUCAUGCUGAUGAAUUGCAUUAACAACGAAACAACUGUCCAUGUGUAGUUCACUGUCUUUGUAUCUCUUCCUGAGCGGUGUUUCAAAACUUCAAGGAAUCCAUGUUUAAAUUUGAUUUUGUUGACCUAAUUUGCAUAUGCCCACCUAGAAGUAACCCAAGGUAUUGCAAAUGAGGUAUGUCCAGUCUCUUUAAGAAGCCACUUAGUCACAAACACUGUCCAAAAUUGGCGUUCAAAUUAGUUUUUCAUUUUUUUGCAUUUUUCACACACAAAUAAAUAUUAACACUUACUUUGGCCAGUGUUUGUGACUAAGUGGCUACUAAAAAAGACUGGAUAUACCCCAUUUGCAAUACCUUGGGUUCUCUACUUUUGCAAAUGGUAUGCCAUCAUGGGGGUAAUUCUUAUUCCUGGGCUACCAUACGGUCUCAAAGGCAAUGUAACCAAUCCGGCGAAUUUCAAUGUGAGAAAAAUGUAACAUGCUAUAUUUGACCCUAUAACUUUUCAAAACACUAUAAAACCUGUACAUAGGCGCUACUGUUUUACAUGUGAGACAUCACUGAAUACAAAUAUGUGUACUAUAUUGCAGUAAAAGCAAAUCGUAUUAUGACAUUCAAAGUUAAAAUGUCAUGCAGAACUAAAAAAAAAUCAUUUUUAAUUUCUCCCUUUUUAAAUAUAUUUUAUUCAUAUUAAAUUAUGAUUCAUAGCUAAAUAUUUGAUAAAUGAAAGCCCUAUUUCUCUUGAAUAAAAUUAAAUAAGUGUGGGUGCACUUAAUAUAAAAGAGGUGAAUUACGGUUGAACAGACAUAUAGUCAAAUUCCAGGUUUUGUUUACGUUUAAUAUUGAUCAAAACUUUUAUAUUUGGCUCAGGCCUUAAGGUGUUAACAAUGUAUUGACUAACGUAUUUAUUUAAGCAUUCUAUGACCCUAGACUUGUUUUAAUUUUGGUUUUGUCCUGUUCAUUUAGUAUUUAGUAUCUAAAGUGGUCAUGUCACCCCAAAAUAAACAAAACCAUUUUGAACGUUUCAUGAAAAUAAAAUCUUAAUAAAAUGCUCAUCAUGGCAGUGUUGGCAUUUCUAUGAAAUUUCAAUGCAGUCAAAAGGUAUUCUAAGACAAAGCAGAAACUUCUUGACAAAAGGUGGAGCUACAGUCAUUAUUUCCUACAGCAAUCGCUAUUAUUGGCUGUGAUUUUAUAAAGCACUGUUUUACUCAGUGAGACAAUAACUAGGAAUGUUCCUGCGCUCUCACAGGAUCCUCCUCAGAUAUCAGUGUUUUGCUCUUGUGGUCUGCGGGGAACAGCAUCAGUUGAAUAUAGCUCUUAGACGUAUUCAUUCAGUUACAGAUAAAUUAGUAUCCCCCCACCUUGCUGCUUAGCCCCUCUGUGUCUCAUUCCCUCACACCUAGCCCGUCAUGUGUCCUCUUCCCCACCCCCCCCAAGUCCCUCCUUGUUUCUCAUUCCCCACCAAGCAAGCCCAUUCAUGUGUCCCAUCCCCUCAAGCCUCUCAGUGUCUCCAUUUAUUCUUUGAGAAAGGACUUGUCUGAAACUUUCUAUGCAAACUUCAUUAAAUGGCAUAAUGAUCUUCUUUGCAUCUUAGCAAUACCUCUGCGGCUCUGCAUAUUUGUUCUUGCAUAUCCUCUGUCCCCAAAUGCCAGUGACAAAAUGGUGGAGGUGGAGCGAUGGCUGAGGCAGGCAGUGCUAUGCCAAGAGCUUCAACUGGAUCCAUUUAUAUCCUCAUUUCUAUGCCCUCAGGUUUGUUUGUCCUCUCUGGAUAUUACAGAUAGGAUUUCCCUGCCAGUCUGUGACAAAUUCACUGUUCUUCAGGCGACUGCAUUUGAUUUAUCCUUUUGCAGGAUCUCAAACAGUGCAUAGCCUUGAUGUGGGCCGAAUCAGGAAUGUGCUGAUGUCACUGAUUUCAUGCAGCUUGAGCUCCCAGCAGAGGAAAGAAUAAAAUGUUGCUUCUGCUUGAUAAAAUAAUAGAUAAUCAUAUAGCGUGUUUGCUUCCUCUCUACAAAAAUCUAAAGCUUGAUUUCAUCUUGUAAUAGUAUGCUGAGAUUUUCUGUACAGAUCCAUUGUCAGGAAUAGGUUUGUACACAUCGGAUCUCAAGAUACUACAGUUGGGCAGAAUGUUUAUGGGUUUCCCUGGUAAGCCAAAAAACAAAAGUGUUUAAUUGUGCAAGCAGUCUAAAAAAGUCACAGCAAGAGGAAGAAAAUGGCCUUUUAACUUGCUGAAAUGUCAUGUCUUCUUCCUCAGGGGUAUUCUAACUGCAAGAUAACUUCUAGUGCUGGCUUAAACACUACAGGUUUAUAUUUUAGGUAGUGUAGUUUAUUGCAUUUGUUUGAAUGAGGCCCUCUGUGCAAUUACAUUUUUAAUUUCCUAUUGCUUGGAUUUCCUCAGUAAGUAUUUUGGUUUCCUCAGUUUCUGUUUGAAGCUGUGACGCUAUUUUAAAAUAAUUAUAGUCCUUUUUUUUCAGACUAUACUCUAUUAUAGUAAGUUUAGAAAAAUGGUGUGUUUACUUUUUCAUGUAGCGACUGAAGCAACUUUGAUAUUAUUGUUAUGCAUUUGUUUGUAAUUUCAUUAUAACUUAAUGGUGAGACAUUCUAAGUACCAAAGUCACUUCAUUUUAAUGUUAGGUAGAAAAAUAACUAAUCACAAUAAUAACUGUCAGUUAAUGAGAUCUGUCUCUUUAAUUAGCUCACAGAACGAUCACCGUGCCAGGGAGUCCUUCUGUGUGUUUUGAUGAUUUGCUUACUUGUGAGGCUCCCAGCAAUAGCCUGGUUCAUGCCAAUAGAAAUGCUAACCAGCCAGCUACACAAGUUGCCUGCAGCAUUGGCUGCAAUAGCAGUUUGAUGCCUGUUGCAACUUUAGAUCCUGUGUUGCUGAACUGCUUCACGUCUGACUCUUGGCGGCCCCAAUGCUUUCCUAUGAGAAUAGCCAUCUGACUACAAUUGGAUAGAUCUGAUGGUGGUGACAAUGCAAUUUAAUGUUGAACUCUGUAGCCUUUGUGGUUAAGUGAUUUUGCUCAGCUGAUUAUUUUCACUUUUGGUUGUUUUGGGGAAUAGAAAAUCCUCAAAGUGCUGAUUUGUUCAUUAUAUUUUUUUUACUUCUAUUUUUUUUUUUUUUUAAGCUUGACAGAUGAACAGUCCAGAAAGAACUGGCAAGAGUAUGGCAAUCCUGAUGGUCCACAAGGUACGCAGUUAUUCACAGAAUAAUAAUACUAAGUUACUUGGUGGUGUGUGUCUGUGCACCUUUUGUAUUUUAAUCCAAAUCAGAUAAAAUGUGUGUAUUAUGUUUUUGUGUUUUACACAUCCUGUGACAUGGAACUAGUCACCUACAGUUUGUAGAAGAGGAAGUUAUUUAAUGAGGACUAAAUUGAGUGAGCCUUCUUUUUCACUCUCAAGUGCAUAAGAAAUAUGUGUGAAAAAAUGUCUGCUCUAAUGUUUUCCAGCUACCAGCUUCGGUAUUGCUUUACCAGCUUGGAUUGUGGACCAGAAGAAUUCUAUGCUGGUGAGUUUAUUGUACUUUUAAAUGUGCUUCUGUCUUGUUGGAAUGUACAAUGAAUACAUCUUAAUCACUUGUCUGUCUUUAAUUUAAAGGUUUUGCUCGUGUAUGGAUUGGCUUUCAUGGUUAUAUUGCCAGUUGUUGUGGUAAGUAUUGUGGAAAAUGGUAUAGUUUGAUUAUCCUUCCAGCUCCUUUCUUGUGUUUAUUUCCACACUACUACAGAGAAAAAAUCGAUUUUAAUUUAUUUUUGUUUCCAAUAUAUUACACAGCCUCCUUGCCCUCCUCUUGUUACACUUUUUUUUUUUUUUUUUUUUAAAAGCAUAUCACAUAAUUAUCCAGUAAUCCAGUGUGGACGAUUUCAUUACAAUCUGUUUAUUUUUAGUUCUUAAUGUUAAUUUAUUUUUACUGUGCCUUAAAUGAAAACGUUCAUAAAAAAACAUUUCUCACCUUUACAGUUUCUGUCAAUGUCCUGCUUAGUAGAUCUGCUUACAGCUGCAGGUGGAUAACUCACGCACCAGAAAGAUAUUUUGAUAACUAAAAAAAAAAAACAGUAGUGAUUUAGUAGUUUAUGCCCAAGAGUUGUUUCAUACCAUGGCUGCUAUCAGCAUGUCCAUGGUCCAGUUUAUUGUUGUGACUGACAGGUUCUCCAUGAUUAUGUCAGCAUCCUUGAUGUAGUUAUGAUUCUUUGAGUAACACUUAAACUGCUGGAUUUUUGCAUAUUCCCACUAAAGUCUAAUGUGUAUUAGUCUGUUGUAUUACUUGUAUACUGUUUUGACAGUUGCUAACGUUGUGUGUCCGUAUCUGUCUUUUACAAAUACUGUUGAUUACUCUGUUUCAAAUGGAGUAGAGAUUGCUAAGCGCAUGUAUAACUAUUUAAUUGAGAACACCUUUACUCUAGGGUUCCUGGUGGUACAAAUCAAUUCGCUACAGUGGGGAUCAGAUCCUUAUACGAACAACUCAGAUUUACACCUAUUUUGUGUACAAAACACGAAACAUGGAUUUGAAACGUAAGUGAAAUUUGCGCCUUUAAAAAAAUUUCUGUAAGUAAUUGUAGCAUUUUUUUGCGGUCUCUCUCUGUUUUUGAAAUGAAAUCGCCUGGUAGUGGAUGCUCUUUGCAUCAAGAAGCAUUUUAACUGUUAUAACCACUACAGAUAAUGUGGAUAAUGUGGACAUUGACUAUAGAUGUGGCAGUGCUGGAGAGAGCCCAAAUUUGACAGAAAAAAACUGGUAGACAACAUCCAUAGACUCUCAGCAACAUAAUCGCUAUUAGUUAUAGAGGUUAUUUUAUUUAGAGUACUAUUUUUACCUCUCCCUGGUUAAAGUGAAACCUGUCUCUCUAGUUCAGCAAUGAUGGUAAUUGAAGAAAAAUGUGUAUAUUUGCUUCUUCUCCCAUUUUCAACCAGUGUAUAACAUACUGUUGUGACUGAUAAAACGUGUAGUAUGUUCCUCUGUGAGCAUGUAAAGCCAAGUGCUAACAGUUACAGCGUUAAUAUUUCAUUGUGCACGGUCCCUUGUUGUAUUUUCUUGACUCAUGCAAGGGAUGUACAGCUUGUCACUGUUAUUUAUUCCGAUUAGUUGGUAUAGUUGUAUGGUUGUGAAAAUGAUGUGAAUGGCAUUUGUGCAUACAUUGUCUACAGUUGGAGCAAUCUGUGUCUGUCCUUCAUGGUUUACAAAAUGAGCACCGUUUAGGAACUUGGAUAACUAUUCGUUAGCACUUGCUGCAGUGGGUUUCCAUUACCACUGUACGGAAAAUACAUACAAUGCAUUAAUGGGUGCCAAUGUUUUACAUUACCUAUCUCUAAUCAGAGACAGGGGCACUAUGGCCUUAGGAAUUCAAGAGUUCCAGGCAGGCUAGUGUCAACCCAGUUGCCAUGCACAGUGAGCCAUUCAUUGGUUGAGAGUGGUCAGCUGACAAUCUAAACCAAUGAAUGGCAACUGGUUCGGCUUCUGGUUUUGGCUCUGCAGAAACUGGAAACACUUCACCAGGGAUGGUAGGAUCCUCUGAGCUUGGUGGACUCCUGGAUAAGGGUGCAAAGCAUGGCUAAACGAUUUGCCCCAUUAUAGGAAACCCAGACCUGAGGACACCUCACAUAGUAACAAAUACAGCUAGCUGCAGUGGUUCUAAUGUUUGGAGUAACCCGUUAAGGUUUGUUUACCAGAAGAUAAAGCAUCACAGGAGUAGGAUAUGCAUGAUUAAGGAUCUGCUGAGCUGAAACGUCGCACUUUCUAUGGGGUGGUUCACCUAUCAAUAAAUAUACCAUCCUUACUAUUGGAGUGUUGCCUGCGUUUAUUCCUUUUGAGGAGUCGGAGUUAGACAUUUAGAAAUAUUUUGCAGUGUAAAAUCCAAAAUGACUAAUUUGGGACGGUUUGUGAAAUUUAGCCGGUUCCUCUCAUGCAUGUUCUUGUUGUUUUUGCAAGAGAAUAGUUUGAUGUUAUACAAAAGUAACCUUACUGAAAGGUUUCCCUGAUCUAUGUACAGCUUUGAGAAGAAUCCCCAUGGACUUGCAUGAGGUAUUCACCUUGAGGUAGUGCAGGCCCUGUUGUUGUGUAACUUAUGUCAAUGUAUUAAUAACCAUGUCUCAGUAGAUGUACACUUGCUUUCAUGGUUAUGUAUACCUCGCCUUUUCAGUAACCUCCUCUGUGCAGUAGCUUGCAUGGGUAAUCCAUGUCUUCAGGCUAUUUUUUUGUGUGGGUAUUUAAAUUUUUUGUAAGUGAUUAAGAUCACUUGUCUAUUUCUAGUAGUUUUACUUUCUAGCAUUGCUAAAUUACAAGGCAAUAUCUGUCCCACUUUCAAGUCUAUCUGCUGUUCUUUAUCUUAAUAUUUGUUACCUUCGAGUAACCCUAAAAUAUUUGACACUGGCUGUAAAGGAUCUGUUUGCAACGCUUUCUAGCUGUAAUCCUAGAAUAAUUUUUUUUUUAUCAUGUAGUUAUGCUUACAGCCCUUGAUUUGCAACUCAUGGCAUUGUGAAGAGGGUUAAUUUCAUAUAUGAGUAGCAAAACAGCAGCUUUGUCAUUAUAUAGCAUUAAGCUUACUGCGUUGAACCUAGAAAUGUAUUUUUGCUCUGGUUUUUUCCUGUUUUGACUCUUUCGCUGUUUUGCUUUUUUUUUUUUUAAAUAUCUGUCUGAGAUUGGUGAGAUUUGUAAUAAAUGAUCAUGUUUAACCUGCUCUCAUUGUGGCAGACACUAUUUAGUGUAUCAGUUAUUUUUUUUUCAGUCUCCCAUAAUAUGUAUUUCAUAUGUUUGUUUUAGGUCUUAUUAUGGUGUUGGCAGGAGCAUCUGAAUUUGAUCCUCAGUAUAAUAAGGAUGCUACCAGCAGACCUGCAGAUAAUAUACAAAUACCACAGGUAACACCUGGCUUUCAUUCUAACAUUCUUGUUAAAUGCGAACAUAUUUCGUUAUUACUAAAGCUUCUUUUUGUCCCUUUCACCUCAAGCUAAUAAGAGAGAUUGGGGGCAUCAACCUUAAAAAGAAUGAACCUCCUCUCACCUGCCCCUACAGCCUGAAGGCUAGAGUCCUCAUGCUAGCUCACCUUUCCAGGAUGCAAAUCCCUGAGGCAUUGAAGGAAGGUAAUGAUCUUCUUCUUCUUUUUUAUUUUUAUUUAUUUUAUUUUUUUUUACAAGCAAUAUAUAUAUAUUUUUCUGUUUUGUUUCUUGUUUUCUAAGCUCUAAAAUUUGGAAAUUAUACCUCCUGACACACAGGACAUGCAUUUUCGGGCCCUGGCACUAUGCUGUGAGCAUGAGCACUCUGACACUUUGUGAAUGCCCAAACUGCAAGGGAGCGAUUACUGAGUUCUUGACACCCACCUGACCAACAGUCAGAGUUAACUCCCUGCUGGAACAACAUAUAGCCCCUUUACAGGCAGAGACCCAAGAAGGGGGUCUAAACAGCACCUCCACUCGCAUCACAUACAUCCAGCACACAUCCACACUUGCGCACACUACACACAGACAGCAUACACCAAGCACAGUCACCACUCGCAUGACACACAAGCAGCGCACGCACACCCAUUUUGACAAAGGGAGAGACAAUGGAAGGGCAGAAGAUUAGACACUUAGAGUAAUUCACAGAAUUCUGAAUGUUUUUCAAAACAAAUCCAGAUGUCAAAACAGAGGCAAAAAUAGCAGAGUUAAAGAAUUUUUCCAGAUCCUUUAUUUUUGCCUCUGUUUUCCAUUCAGAUUUAAUUUGUGUAAGUUCAGAGUUUAGCAAAUAGCCUUGUCAACGUCGAGGAUUCUUGGCAGGGGCCCCAAUCUUUGUAAUUGAAAUAAUUUUGCAGGACAAGUGUAUUGAGGUACUGCAUUAGUCCCUUGGACAAGUAGAUUUGCUUUUUUUUAAAUGACACCCCUUAAGUCUGGAUGUUGGACUUUCAGGCAGCUGCCUUGUAUAUUCUUUUGUUUUGUUGAAGCAUUGUGACUUUGCCUUUUAUAUUCUUGAUUAAACAACGAGUUGGGUAAUAAACUGUAAAAGAAAAAUUGGUGUGUUGGAAAAUUUGCAGUCUUAUAUAAUGUACUCAAAUGGGUUUUGUUUUUUUGUUUUGUUUUUUUUCUUUUCAGACCAGCAGUUUAUCUUGAAAAAAUGUCCUGCAUUGCUUCAGGAAAUGGUUAAUGUGAUCUGUCAACUGAUCAUCAUGGCACGUAGUCGUGAAGGUAACAGCAUUAUUGUCAAUGAUUUGAAUUUUCAAAUGGUUAGCUCUUCAGUACUAUUGGCAUUUCACAUUUGGUAAUCCUUAACAGAGAAAGGAAGACAUUCAAAUUUGGAAAUCAUUUCAGAGAUCUAUUACUCUCUUUGUAUGCACUCAUUCUUCAUAUAGAUCAGUGGUUCCCAACCCAGUCCUCAAGUACCCCCUAACAGAACAGGAUUUAGGGAUUACCCAGUUGUGUUUAAGGUGUUUUUAGGAUAAGAAAAAAAAACACUUUAGACACAACAGGGUAAUCCCUAAAUCCUGGACAUGGGGUACUUGAGGACUGGGUUGGGAACCACUGAUAUAGAUGGAAAGUCUUUUAGUUUCUGUAAGUCAUUAUUUUUUUUUUAUAAAUCCAAUUCUCUAUAUAGAACAGGAUGUAGGUAUGGGGGAAGUAGAAUGUCCUGUGAUCUUUUAGACCGGAAUACGUACCUGAAAAUAAACCAAUCUGUCACUAUUUCAAAGGGCACAAUGCAGAAAAGCAUCACUUCACAUGCUAUGGCAUAUUUUAAGGUGUUCUACUUUAAGACAUUUCAAUGGCUUUACCCGGUUAGUUUAAAAGAUACUCCGUUUUUUGUUUGUUAAUGGUUGGUUAUCUUCCCUAUAUUGGGAGCUGAUGUAUUCUACAGACAGCGGUUUUGUCAGUGAUGUUGUCUUGCAAAUCCUGACUCCAAAAUACUCCAGUAUACAUUUUUAUUGUAUGUGUGGUACCUGCUUGUAAGACAAUGGGAACAUAAGCUAUUGAAAUACUUCUUGUAUCUAGUCCUAGUGUAUGUUUUGUCAUUUGACAAAGAACUUCUAAAGUAUGUCUGUCACCAAUAGAAAUAAAACAAUGUAUAGAAGAAAUAUUUAAAUUUAGCAAACUUAAUAUUUUUCAUAUGACAUGGUUUAUAGUAAAAAAAUAAAUAAAAAUAUUUAUUCAUUAUUCUUGUUGUCCAUCAUUUUCUUUGUCCACACAUGAGAAAGCAUGACUUGCUAAUUGCCAAGAAGAUGCAUUUGAGCUUCUUGGCUUCCACUGUAUCCUUUACCUGCCCUCUGAUGUAUUGUCCACCAUGCCCAAAGAACAUCCCUACGCCUUGUGCUCUCUUUGUAUAAAAUACUGCCUGGAGAUUUAAAUAUUAACACAUUUUAUAGAUGGUUUAUAGCUAAGCAAAGAAACUUUCAUAGACAGAACCACUUUUGAAUAACGGAUUCUUUUUCAAGAAAGGGAACUCAGGCCUCCAUCAUUGUCCUCACUGGAGAACUGCAUGAAGCUCUGUCAGAUGACUGUACAAGGCCUACAGCAAUUUAAGUCUCCAUUUCUGCAACUUCCAUAUAUUGAGGAGGACCAUUUGAGGAGAGUGUUCAACCACAAGAAGGUAUAUUAUUUCCAUAACAUAGCUUAAUGUAUAUUACAACAGAGAUUUCCUUAAAACCUUACUGUUGCCAUUUUGCCUAGCAUGCACAGAAGGACCCUUAGCUAUAGUUUAUCUGUAUUAUAAAUUAUAAGUCUAUUUAGCUGUGCUGUCCAACUGGCCAGAAGUUUAUUGUGAAUACUCAUUCUUUAUAACUGGAACAUACAUAUCAGGCAGGAAGUGUGUGAUGAUUGCCCAGGAGGUACACUGGGGUCUAGCAAUGUCUGGGAUCACCUUGCAAAGGGUUCUUUCAAUUAACAUUAGUCUAAUAGAGAAAUUAUAUCAAAAUAAAGUUACAUGUGUGUGUUUUUUUUUCUUCUUCAAUUGUCACCAUAAUCGGGAUUAUUCAUUAAAGUGUGAUUUUGCUGGGAAUUCAAAGUAAAUUUUAAAUUUAAGGCUAAAAUAGCAAAAAUCGCAGAAUUGACUUGAAUUUUCUAAAUGUUCUAUUUUGUCCUAAAUCUUGAAAUUCACUUUGAAAUCCAAGGAGUUCUCACUUUAGUGAAUAAACCCUGCAAUCUAAAGCUAAGCUAAAAUAGCUAGUUAAAAAAUGAUUCUCCAAGUCAUAUUUAUAAUUCACUAUAUUGCCCUAAAGUGAAAUUCCAGGCUAUUCACACGGCAGUGAAUAUCUGAGUGUGAUGGCGUGCGUCACUUCUUACAUUGCUAGUUGGGCACUGAAACAUUGGUUAAUGUAAAUGAAAGGUCUACGAAUAAUGUACCCUUGUCAUGAAGUUUUUAUGCAUAUUGUAAGUAUUUUUCUUGUCUAUAGCUGACUUUGGUUUUUCUAAUUACUAGUUUAAAAUUAAGACCAUUCGAGACCUUGUCAGCAUGAAGGAGUCGGAUCGCCGCAUUCUCUUUACUUUCCUGGAAGAUAGUAAUUAUGAAGAGCUUAUCGCUGUGCUUGGUAGCUUUCCACACAUCACAAUGGAGAUAAAGCCACAAGGUAGGUGGGAAGACCUGAUUAAUCAGUGAGCCAGUAGGGCAGGGGAAGGCCACCUUCGGCACUCUAGAUGUUGUGGACUACAUCACCCUUAAAGGACCACUAUAGUGCCCUGAGGGUGCCCCCACCCUCAGGGUCCUCCUCCCACCGGGGUGGAUGUCAAGGAAAGGGGUUAAACUUACCUUUUUUCCAGCGCCGGGCAGGGAGCCCUCCUCCUCCUCUCCGCCUCCGAUCCUCCUCUUCGGCUGAAUGCGCAUGCGCGGCAGGAGCUGCGCGCGAUUUCAGACGGUCUCAUAGGAAAGCAUUCAUAAUGUUUUCCUAUGGACGCUGGCGUCUUCUCACUGUGAUUUUCACAGUGAGAAGUACGCAAACGCCUCUAGCAGCUGUCAAUGUGACAGCCACUAGAGGCUUUAGAGGCUGGAUUAACUCAUUUAUAAACAUAGCAGUUUCUCUGAAACUGCUAUGUUUAUAAAAAAAAAAAAGGGGUUAAUCCUAGAAGGACCUGGCACCCAGACCACUUCAUUAAGCUGAAGUGGUCUGGGUGCCUAGAGUGGUCCUUUAAUGUUCUUAUAGCCAAAAUGCUGGCAAAGCAUUGUAGAAGAUGUAGUCCACACUUUGAGUGCCGCAAUAUAAACAAGGUGUCUUUUUGUUUAUACAGAUAAAUGUUAAUACUGUGCGGAAAAAAAUGUAAAGGCAUACUGGUGGUUAGUUUUUUUUGUCUCUUUUUUUGGAGAGAGUCAGUGGUGAAUCUAAUACACCCCUACCUAUAAAGUACUAUAUAUGCUUUGUAUUAAAUUGAGUAGAACCAGUGCGUUCUAGUGUUGGCAAGGUAGACAACUAGCGAAAAUACAUACCUGACAACUAUUCCAAUAUGUGAAAAAAACAGUACCCGUUUGUGACAACAGUGAAAAAAAAACUUUGCUUCUGAGGACUGCACUAUAAAUAAGUAUAGUGUGAGUGUGUUGUUAAGCAUGCAGUCUGCUUUAACUAAAUCUGGGGCAUUUCUACCACACCAGAGUGUGCUCUGCCCAUAAGCAUCACAGGAUGGUUAGCAUGCUGCACUGAACACGAUUCUGACUACUUUACAGCCAUAGCAUGUCACCAGCAUGCCCCCCCACUCUACCUGCCUUUCAUGUCUAUAUUUUAUGCCCCAGAAUAGGCUGCUUUGUGGUAAGUGCAAUUGAACGUGAGGUUUUAAAAAUUUAAAUUUAAAUGGCUUCAUGUACAGGUGACAGAGAACAGCUGGUUUAAUAUAACAUUCUGUCGCCUUGUGUAAUGGAUGAUUAUUGUAUUGAGUGUGAAUUGCCUCGGGAGUCUUUAAUACCUGUCGUAGAUAGUGUAACAUUUAAUUUUCUCUCUUACACAUUUAAAACCACUAUAGGGGUUUAUAUAAUAACUUCACGUAGAGUGCAAGACUUAAAAAUAAAAAAUUAAUUUUGUAUUUCAGUGCUGGAUGAUGAAGACAGUAAUAAUAUCACGGUGGGUUCUCUUGUCACUGUUCUGGUCACUCUAAGAAGACAAACAAUGUCUGUAAGUAUGAAAGCAGUUUAUUUGUGUAUUUAAAUAGAUUACAAUGUAUUUGGCUCUCAUCUCCCACAUCUAUUGUGUACCCACACCACUUUCUUACACAAACAGGCUUGUAUUUGUCAAACCAUUUAUGUAUUCAGGGGAUUUUAUAUUUAUAAAACCUUGCAUUUCGUGUUUGUGUUUUUUUUUAUUUCUCAUUUCAAAUGCUUAAUUGUUACAUCACCUGAGCUGAUUACAGUGUCAACAUCUUGUAGUUGUAGUAGAAGGUAACUUUAGCAAGGUAUAUCAUAACUACUGCAAAGGUAGUUCCAGAUAUUUUGUGACCGUGAUCUCUGUCCAAUUUAAGGUGUUCAUACAGUACCUUCACAUGGAUAAGUGUGUUUUCUGUACAUAUAUGUAGGUGUUGGUCAGAUUUUAAUGUAUAUCUAUUCUUGCCCAUCAGGAUGUAUUUGAGAAGGAGCAGUCCACGUGUUCUGCAGAGGAUCAGCCUGUGGAAGAAGGCGUAAGUAUCAAUUUGUAUAAGCUGGAAGGAGAACUGUAACUUCUCUGGAAAGUACACCAUCAACUAAAAUGACUGAAAACCACUUCUAACUUAUGUAGAAGUUAUUUUAAGUAAAUCUUAAUGUGAGGCUUAAUUUUCUUUUAAAUGCUUAUUGAAGAUUUAGCUGUUGAAGGAAUACUCAAGAACCAUAAGAACCUAAAGCAUUUUGUAGUGGUUAUGGGGCCCAGGGUGGUAUUGAAGAUCAUAGUUAUAUUCACUCCAGACUCAUUAAGGGUACACAUUACUUUGGAACAGGGGUAACAGAAAAAUGUUGUUUUCCUUCCCAUCACUCUGUUCUGAUUGAUACGUGCAUUGGUUGUAAUUCUGUUUUCACCUUUGUCCUAGCAAGGAGAUUCUACUAAAACUAAAGGCAAGGGCUGGCAGCAAAAAAAUAAAACAGCCAAAAAGUCUUCCAAGUCCAAGAAAAAGAAGCUGAUAAAAAAGAAGCCAGCUCCGCAACCCUUACCACAGCAGAAACAAGGCAAGCCCAAGCAAGCAAAUGGGGUUCUUGGGAAUGUGAGUAUCCUCAUUUCAUGGUUCACUGUACAAAGUUAGUGGUUGUAUUUUACAGACUGCUUUUAAUACAUUUGUUCUGUGCAUCUGAUGCAGGUUUUUUUGUUGUUGUUGAAAUUGUUACAUGUGUAUUAAACUUUUGUUUAUGGUGGAUUAAUGAAUUUAAUAAUGUUUUUGUAACUAAGCUGUUCAUUUCACCCCAAGUUAUUGUAUAUUGCACUGUUAAUUUACGGCAGGGGUACUCCACCUUUUUAGAAGUUGAGGGUUACAAUACAUGCAUUUACAAUAUAGUAGGAAUGAAAGGUUUGGUUAAUGAGAACACGGAGUCUGCUUAUUAUUAUAUUUAUUUUUAUAUUUUAUAUUAGGAACUAUUUCUGUGGUAGCUAAUCGGGGGCACUGCCCCAGAUUUCAAUCAAUAAUUUCUGUCCUCCCUUUUGACUUUGAGUGCUUGGUUCUGGAAAACAUCUUUUCACAUUAUUAUCGGUAUUUAUAUAGCGCCAGCUUAUUCCGUAGUGCUUAACUAUAAAACAUAAACACAUGCUUCCGAAGAGGGUGAAGAUUCUUGUCGAAUGCAUUCUUAAUUUUUCCCUUUUCAACAUUUUGUUAAAAUUAUGGAAGAGACACUUUAUUAAAUUUUGACUUCAUGUCUGAGUCACAUUUAAAGUCAUUGAUUCCCACUUGACGGUCCCCUGUGUUCUCCAUUACAUUCAUAGCGAAAAUGUUAUUUCAGCCACAGUCUUAUUGCAGCCACAUUUUGAGGAGUGGAUUCUGCAGACUGCAUUUUCAACAUGCUUUGGAAAUUUGUCAAAUAUAUAUACUUAUAGUUAUGUUUGCGGAUCACAUUAAGGGUCCAGCGGCCACAGAUGACCCAUGGGAAAUGGGUUAAGCACUCUUGCUUUACAUUGUUCUUGACUAGGUAAUUUAUAGGUAUUUUUUAAUUUAUUGUUCAGCCAAAAUGGUUGUUUCCAAACUUGUAUUUUCUCCUGGAAACAACAAGCUGUUAAAAUAUAACCAAUAUUAAACUCCUUUGUAUCGUGUUUUGCGUCAGCAACUUUUAAAUUUCUAGCUGGCUUGAAGAGAGAGACACUCAUACUUCUAGCCAUUGUUCUAUUUUAAAAUGUAUUUAAUUCCAGUUCUGAAACCAAUUUUAAUGUUGACACAGAAAAUACAUGGCUUAAGGAGUGCAUUCAACUUAUUACAGUUCUGAAAUUCUUGUGUGGCACAAAUUGAGGUGGUUUGCAGCACACCAGUGUACCAAAGCACACUGGUUGAAUACCACUGCUUUAAAUAAUAGGAACAUUGAGCUCAUCAUUCAACUUAUAUUGGGGACAUUUUAUUUAAUUUUUGUUCUUAUUAUGUAUGCUUAGCCCUUUUCUGAUGUCUGAUUAAUACAAACCAUUAACAAUCUGUGUCCAGUAGUUGGUAAUUUGUACAGAGGCACUCUAUAGGCACCCAGACUGACUCUCAUUUAGAGCAUUUUAUUUUGCUACACAUGCGCACUAACUUCAUAAUCUUUCCUUAUGAGAAGCAUCAAAAUUGAUCUUAGACUAGUGUGAGGGAAGUAAAAUUGACUUUUUAAACAUCUGCAAGGGGAAGGUGGACACCUACGUACGUAGGAGAACACUAUAGCAUUAGGAAUAUUUGUUUAUAUCCUAAAACUAUAGUGUUUAUUUAUGUGGAAUGCUUAAAUUUUUUUUCCCCUAAUAAUUUUGGAAAUUGAUUAACAGUUUAGUUUUUCUUUUUUUGAGUAAGUAGGUAAGUGCUCACAUUUAUUUUAGAUGUUGAAAAAAAUGUAUAAUGCUCCCUAAGAUUUCACUAGCAUAUAUGUUUACUUUAAGGUGUAGUGUAUUUUUUCAUAAUUUGUUUUUCCAUUCAGAUUAACAACACAUUGUACUUGUCUACGGGUUAAUUGACCAAAAUAAAUAUUGCUAUUUCUCAGGAGGUUACAUCCAAGGAGGAUGAGGAAGAACUCUCCGAUAAAGGCAGUGAUUCUGAAGAUGAAGAUACAAAUCGGGAUUCCCAGAGUGAUGGAAGUGAUAAAGAUUCUGAUAGAGAGCAAGAUGAGAAGCAUGGAAAGGAUGAUGAAGCAGUAAGCUGUUUUUUUUUUGUUUUUUCUUUCUUCAAUGGUAGCAAUGAAUACAUUGUAGCAAAGGAAGGAGUAAUCCCUGUUUAUUUUGUUACUUAUUCUGUUUGUGGGUCAUUGGAUCAGCAAUACUUUUCACAAAGCUGUACACCUGACUCCAUUGAAUUUAUUUUUGCCAUUUGCCUUUAUCUGCCCAUAUAACAGACAGGUGAGCUAUGGACAGCAUAGUGUUUUCUGUUGAAUCCACAUUUAGUAAAUAAUCUUUACAUAAGCAAUAAGGAAUUUAUUUUAUGUUUUUGUUUUUUGUUUUUUUACUUUUUAAAUAAAUAUAAAUAUAUAUCUAUAUCUCUAUAAACCGAGAUGCUUGCACUCCUGGAUUAGAGAGUAAUUGCCUGGUGCUGGUCAGGCACAAGAUACAAAAAAAUGAUUGGAAAUGACCGCACUCCAAGGACAUGAUGAUAGUAAAAAUAAAAUAUAACUUUUCUUCUAUAUUAUUUAAAAAUAUCGACGUUUCAGCCCCAAUACAUGGGCUUUCAUCAGGAUGGCAAUCAAUACACAAAUACAUAUAACAUACUUAUAUAGCAAAACAUAAAAGGAUACUAACCAGCUUCAUGUGUGAGAGAACCGAAAUGGCGUUCAGACUGCACGUGGAACGGUUGAUCAAAGUGCCUCAACCGUAGUUGCUAGGCACUGCGUUCCAUUUGGUUGCUAGUUGAUCAGUGGAACGCAAUUUCACCCACGAUUGCUAUGCUGUUUGAUCGGUAAACACAAAGCUAGUAUUGCUGUGCUGUGUGUACCGAUCAUGAAAUCAUUCCCUCUGCCUGCUACUUUCUGGCACUGUGCCUGGAAUGCAAUUUAUACAAAGUAUCAGUAGGCACCAUACAUCAUGUGCUGCUGCACUAACAGGUCCUUGACAGGACUUCACUCUGGCAGAGUGCAAAUACCAUCACACUCAGCCCGCAUGGGUCUUCACUUCUCACAAAUAGAUGGGGGAUAUAAGUGCCCAGAGAGAAGUUGGAAGAGUGUUAUAAACAGAAUAGAAAGCCACACUAUUGUUUUGUAAACCAGCCAAUAUGGAGCUGUGUAGAGAUGGACAAAUACUGCCAAGUCCAUUAUGUUAUUGUCAAACUACCCCCCAUAUAGCUAUAUUUGAAUGGUACUCCCUAAAUCCUAGCAGGAGAAAAUGUGUAAAUACAUAGAAGCCUAUUUUAAAGAUUGUAUUGUAGCUGGGGGUGUUUUUGUAGAACCAAUGGCUUAGAAGAGAAUAAGAGAGACGGGAAUAGGUAAAAGGUAAAUUGCGGCAAAAUAAUGAAAUCGCAAUCUCUAAACCACAUGAAGUUGGAUUAAGCAAUUAAAAACAAUAUUACUUGAAAAAUGAUAGUAUAAGAGGUCAACACAAUUAGAUAAAUACAACUAAACUGAAAGAUAAAUAAUGAUUAACUGUUACCUAACUUGUGGACAAACAAUCUCAUUAAUACAUAAAAUGAGAAAAUGCAAUGAUCAUAUUUAUAAGCACUGACUACUAUGUUAUUAGAGACACUGUUUAAGUGCAUCCAAAUAUUAUAUAUUGGGUAAGAUUAAAUUCAUAUUUGACUAAGAUGACUAGACAUAAUUACAUUAAACUUUUGAUUUUAAAGAUAUAAUAGAUAAACAUAUUGGGUGAAUACAGAAAAAAAAUCCCCCUAUAACCAUUGUUUUGAGUGAGAAUAGUUCUGAAAAAACUUCCAUCUAGAGUGAAAAAAAUAGAUGGAGGAGAGAUAAAUAUAGGUAAUUAAAUCCCACAAAAAGGGAAAAAUACUCGUAAAUAGUACAUUCACAGAGUCACAACAAUCUAUUGGUUAUAAUAAAGAUUGCAGAUGUAUAGAUUUAUAGAAACAUGGAGAAUUACACUUUUUUUCAUUAAGACCUUUAGGCCACACUGUGUCUAAUGUCCUAAUCCAGAAUGUUUCGCGCUGUAACAAGAGUUUUUCCGAUCACCACCCCGUAGCAGGGGAGGUACAUGAUCAAUAGCUAUGAAUUUGAGUCGGGAGUUGGUGUCCCAUUGCCAAAAAAUGUUUGGCUACUGGCAGUUCUGCUUUUUUGUCCCUGUAUGCCACUCUGAUAUUAGACCGAUGGUUCCUAAUUCUUUCUCUGAGAGGUAGGUCUGUUUUCCCUGUGUAGGAUAAUCCGCAUGGGCACUGCAGUUUGUAUAUGACAAAAUCAGUUGUACAUGUCAGUCUGUGACAUAUUUUAUAUUGUUUCUCUGUGUGUGGAUGGAGGAAGGUUUUACCAGGAAUCAUAUGGCCACACGUGACACAUCCCAGACAUCGGUAACAGCCCACAUUCGUUUGUUGUUGUUCCUUCAUGUAGCAAUGUGUGGGGUCCGUUUUAACUGAAAGAUCACGGAGAUUCUUGCCCCGCCGAUAGCUCAUCAUAGGUGGUUGUCGGAAUUUCCAAUCAUUUUAUAUAUUUUUAUAUAUAUAAUAUAUAUAUAUAUAUAUAUAUAUAUAUAUAUAUAUAUAUAUUAUUUUUUUUAAAUACAGUGUAUAUAUAAAUGUUUCCUUCCUCUUUCUGUGAAUUACAUAUUUAGUGUACUGCCUUAACAUGGUGUUUAUGAAGUAUUGUUUGUGCCAAACUCAUAUACAAUUAGUGCUUUUUACUUUGCUACUUACAGGAGUGGCAAGAAUUACAGCAAAGCAUACAGCGUAAAGAUCGAGCGCUACUGGAAACAAAAUCAAAGAUCACGCAUCCUGCUUACAGUCUAUAUUUUCCUGAGGUAUUUCUCAUUGUACACAGAUUAAAUAUACUUGUAUACUUUUGUAUAUUGCUAUAAAAGCUAUUUUGUUGUGUUCGGUAUCUGGGUCUAAUAGGCUACGGACUAUUAUUAUGUGCGAGGGAAAAUGUGUUGCUAUCAGAUGCUCAUGAAACAUCCAUUUACACAGACUACUCCUUUCCUAAAGUGUGAAUUAUUUUUCACAGGUUUAAAGGUCCAGACAGCUAGCUACAAUUUUGACACUUUAAUGGAUUUCCUUUUCAGUUGAAAGUAUUCUUGUUUUUAAUUGAGAGGAGAUGUAUAGAUCUAUGGUUCCAAAAAAGUUUUCACUUUAUUUUUUUUAACUUUAUUUCACGUAUGUCCGUUUUAGUGAAUCUGUAAUGACAGAUAUAGGUUUGCAAAAUACAGAUUAAAGAACACUGCACACAGACAUUUUUUUACAAGGCUACUUCAAAUCUCCUAUUUCUGCAAACAAAUAUGCCAUAUUGUGUUAUGCCCACCAUUACUUCACAAUACCACACUAUAUAGCACUGUAUAAUUUAAAAAAAAAUAAAAUCCAUUUAUUGUGUUGAUCAUAUUAAUUUUGUAUGAUCUAUAUUCACAAUGCCAUUACACCUGAUUAAUUAAAUGCACAUUAGAUUGAUAUAUUAAGCACUAUCACUAUAUAAAUUGUCAAUCUCCCAUAUUAAAAUUAGUGUAGGACCCACUCGUACUGGGGUACAGUGACAUAGUGGUGGGUCUAACACAAUAUGGCCAUAUGGUGGCACUAAAUCCCCAUAUUUGUUUGCUGAAAUAUGUGAUUUUUUUUUUUUGAUUUUUUUUAAAGUAGCCUUGUAAAAUUUUAAAAUGGAUAUUGUGCUGCUCCUUAAUCUGUGUUUUGUUUAAAUUGUGGUCUUUAUGGAACUACCACUGCUUAGGAAUGCAUGUUCCAGUUGUGCCCCAAUUUCCCCUUUUUUCUAGAUACAGGUUUGCAAUCUUCCAACCAUCUGGCUUGACUCAUAUUAUACAUCUUAAGUGUAAUGUCAAUUCUCUUUAGACCGGUCUUGUCCUCUCUUUCCCUAAUAAGACAUGCAGGCACAGCCUUCUAAUCUUUAUGCUGCUCAGCACAGACUUAACUGACUGAGAGGAGGAACAGAGGGCUGUUUUCAACCUCUGAUUUUACAGGAAUCUAGACAUUUGUUAACUAUACUGCUAGAAUAAUGUAUAGCUGAAUAUGUUGUUUUUUUCAUGACAUUUAUACCCUUUAAUAAUUCUAUUCUGAGUAAUUUUCGAUUAUUAAGAUAAUUCCUUCUCCGCUCACUAAUGUGGCAGGCUAUGUAUAGCACAGUACUAUUAAGUUGUUAAUAUUGUGCCAAGUACGCUUAUUAGUGCUGUAUAAACUGAAUAUACCUGCAAUCUAUACAUAAUCUCAACUUGCAUGUGCCAUUAACCCAUAUUUUCUUAUAGGAAAAGCAAGAAUGGUGGUGGAUUUACAUUGCAGAUCGAAAAGAUCAAACGUUAAUAUCUAUGCCGUAUCAUGUUUGCACACUAAAGGAUCGAGAAGAGGUGAGAGAGAAUGUGUUACGACAAUGUAUACCUAAGCGACAAUGGCCACGGAUAAACUUUUUUUUUAAUUUUUUUUUUUUAUCUUUAUUUUCAAAUAUUGUGAAACAUAGUAUAGCUUUAAAGAAAAGUGUAUUUAGGUUUAUAGAAUUAUUUCUCUUUAUUGAUAGACUGUUUGUAUUUCAGUCUCAAACCUACAAAGCAUUACCCUGCUGUUUGUUACUAUUGUGUUGGUUAUAUACAAAAUCUCAUCAUUGAGACUUCUGCUUAAUGUUAAACUCUGUGGAUAAGAAACAUAGAAACAUAGAAUGUGACUGCAGAUAAGAACCAUUCGGCCCAUCUAGUCUGCCCAAUUUUCUAAAUACUUUCAUUAGUCCCUAGCCUUAUCUUAUAGUUAGGAUAGCCUUAUGCCUAUCCCACGCAUGCUUAAACUCCUUUACUGUGUUAACCUCUACCACUUCAGCUGGAAGGCUAUUCCAUGCAUCCACUACCCUCUCAGUAAAGUAAUACUUCCUGAUAUUAUUUUUAAACCUUUGUCCCUCUAAUUUAAGACUAUGUCCUCUUGUUGUGGUAGUUUUUCUUCUUUUAAAUAUAGUCUCCUCCUUUACUGUGUUGAUUCCCUUUAUGUAUUUAAAUGUUUCUAUCAUAUCCCCCCGUCUCGUCUUUCCUCCAAGCUAUACAUGUUAAGAUCCUUUAACCUUUACUGGUAAGUUUUUUUUAUCCCGCAAUCCAUGAACCAGUUUAGUAGCCCUUCUCUGAACUCUCUCUAAAGUAUCAAUAUCCUUCUGGAGAUACGGUCUCCAGUACUGCGUACAAUACUCCAAAUGAGGUCUCACCAGCGUUCUGUACAAUGGCAUGAGCACUUCCCUCUUUCUACUGCUAAUACCUCUCCCUAUACAAGCAAGCAUUCUGCUAGCAUUUCCUGUUGCUCUAUUACAUUGUCUGCCUACCUUUAAGUCAUCAGAAAUAAAUUACCCCUAAAUCCCUUUCCUCAGAUGUUGAGGUUAGGACUCUAUCAAAUAUUAUGUACUCUGCCCUUGAGUUUUUACGUCCAAGAUGCAUUAUCUUGCACUUAUCCACAUUAAAUGUCAGUUACCACAGCUCUGACCACUUUUCUAGUUUACCUAAAUCAUUUGCCAUUUGGCUUAUCCCUCCUGGAACAUCAACCCUGUUACAUAUCUUAGUAUCAUCAGCAAAACGACAUUCCUUACCAUCAAGACCUUCUGCAAUAUCACUAAUAAAAACAUUAAAGAGAAUGGGUCCAAGUACAGAACCCUGAGGUACCCCACUGGUGACAAGCCCAAGCUUCGAAUAUACUCCAUUAACUACAAGAAAAAAGAAAAUUACACUUUAAAUACUUUAGUACAAAAAAAAAAUUGCUUUAGAAAUUGUAGCUACUAAACGUCUUGCCAAUGAUAUUCUAAGCAUCUCUGGAGAACACCUUGUGUAAUUUAAAGUACUUGUUUUGCUGUUUCACAUUGCAUUUACUGACCUUUUUAAGGCCAGAUUAUGAUUGUGUUUAUUGAACAUUAUCAUUUUAACACGGUUCAUUUGAUUUUCUUCUAGGUGGAGCUUAAAUUUCCUGCUCCCAAUAAACCAGGAAAUUAUCAGUAUACUGUGUUCUUGAGAUCAGAUUCUUAUAUGGGCCUGGAUCAGAUUAAACCGUUAAAGGUAAAGUAUUUAUUACUUUUGCAGAGAAGUGCUUUUGUUGUAGGGAUGGCUAACCAAAUACAAUGGGAUACACCAGCACAUAAUUCAAGAUUUAACUGACCUUUCCCUCUUAACAGAAUGAACUGUUCACAUUCAUUACCUAUCUUGUGUGACUUUAGAAUGGGGUAAAAACUGUUUGGAUCUAGUCACACCUUGUUGAGUAGCUUAAUUGCUUGAUGCAGUAAUGCAGUAUCAUGAUUGGAUUACAGUAUAUUCGAAAAAUAUAUAUGUACAUCCACCAAUUUAUGAGGAGACUAAAGUUUUUAUCUCCACAAGAUUGGCUUAACCCCUUCCUAAGGCAUACGGGUUAUUGGUCUUUAGGUUGACAUUGUCCACUAACCUCACCUAUUAUUAGUUACUCAUUAUGAAAUUUGUUUACUUUCUGAAACCUAGCGGUAAUUGUGUGAUGGGUGUGAUCACUCGCCGCUCUCCUUUUCAUUACUGGCGUAAGUUCUCUUUCCAAGAGAAAAGCAUUCCAGGACAAUAAAUGUCUUUGCUGUUACAAAUUACACAAGCACUGGGCAACCUCUAUUGCUUGCCUUAAAAAAAGAAAUGGGUAUAAAUUGGCAUGGGACGUUUAUUAUAAGUGGACAACUGUAAGCUCCUAUGUUAACUUGAAUGAGCUUACUACAGUAAAAUCAGCAUUGUCUCUCUAUUGUAUCAUUUUGGUAUGCUACACACAAUUAACUUCUAGGCUUUGUAAUGGAUGUGCAGUUUGUGGUAUAGAUCAAUUGAAAUAUGUGUGAAUUAUGUUAAUGACAAACUAUUUGCCCUUUCAGCUGGAAGUUCACGAAGCCAAGCCAAUACCAGAGAAUCAUCCUCAGUGGGAUACCACCAUAGAAGGUGAUGAUGAACAGGGAGACAGUGAAGGGUUUGAAGAAAGUUAUGAAGAGGAGGAAGAAGACGAUGAAGAGGAUUAAAUGGAAAGACUAAAACGGACUUGCUAGAGCUGCACACUGUCGUCGUUCUGAUAUUGGCGUCACCCCAUUCACCAGAGCCACAGUGUAGACGUUUUCGGGAAGUUGAUUUUUAGUUACUCUUUACCAGUUCUGAGUGCUUUAUGUGAUUUUAUGCCUGUUGGAGGCCAAACAAAACCUUACCAUUGGUACAACCAUGAGAAUACCUAGCGACUUACCGAAGUCAUCCAACAUAGAGAGCUACAUAUAAUCCAUCUAAAGGAAAAAAAAAUUAAGAUUUUUAUUAAAUUAAGAUGUCUAUAUUCAGAAACUGGUCAUCUUUGUGUAAAAGAUUUUUUUUUGGUGUAAAAUAAGAAUAAUUUAUCACCUAAAGUCUCCUGCUUUCUUUUAGAUCUCUAUUAAAUGUAAAUGCUGUUUCACUUUUGUAUCCUUUACAAAUAUCAGGUCUUUUCAUUUUCACCAAUAAUUUGGUUUUCUUAUUUGACUUUGAAACACAAGGCACAAUGUUUAUUUUUUAUUAUUUUAUAAGGACACACAUUCCAUGGAUCAUAAACUGUUUAUUUUUUUUGUUUGGUUUUGCCAAUGACUACAUGUCACAUAAUCUCAUUAGGGGAAAAAUACUUUUUUAGUAAAAUGAGGUAUAUAUCUGUAAUUUAUGGGACCACACUUUGAAGUGUUUGGUUUUUAUGCAAUGAUGCCUUUUCUAAGGGCAUAUAUGAAGAGUUAGAAAUUCAAUUCUGGAAGAAAUGUCAUUGUAGAGAUCUGCUCUACGGUUGGGAAGUGAGAAACUAUUUUUGUUGUGGAUUUUUUUUAUUUGUUUUUUAGUUGUGUGGGAGGGAAGUGAUUUUAAUUAAUACGCGGUUACACUACAAUAUCCAUCUCCUGUAGUCUCUAGAACAAGUGCCAAGGUCCUUACUUGUCCAUCCUGAUGGUUUAAUUCCAACAACCUGGAUAGGUCUAUCCUGUGUAGUCUUAUUUAAGUUCUACAGAAAAUAGUAUGAAACACUGAGUUACACAGACAAGAUAAGCUUGUGUAGCUUUUAAUAAACCUGUGCGCCAUUAACUACUUUUUUACAUUUGUAAUAGUAUGUACCCUUUCCCCCUGUUAAUUUUUGGUUAAUACGGAGGAGAACAUAUUUUCUAAUUUGGUAUUUACUAUUCAACAGCCAGUAUAUGAAGUAUUCCAUUUAAAAGGGUUACACACCUUAGAUGGUCUUUCAUAUUAUAUGCCGUCGUUUCCACUGAUUGUAGGUGUGACACAACAAGAUUUCCAAAGGUAAUGUAAGGAUAUUUGUAAUGCAGAGGUGUGAAUUUUAUUUUGAUAGAUCACAAUUUCCACACUUUUAUCCAUACUUUGUCACUUUAGCCACUGAAAAAAAAUAAGUUUCCCAUGUUGAUGAAAAACGGGUUGUCACAUUAAAUGCUAAAUUACAUUGAUAAUUUCUUUGUAAUGCAAUAGUUGCAAAUAAAAUUUAAAGUCAGAAGUGGUAUGUGGUAUUUCUAAGUGGUUUUGUUUAUAGGAAACUUGCAUACAAUUGUGGCCUGAUUGUAAUCCAUUAAGCACCAAUGGUGGUCCAUGCUGUC